GUUGCGCGGCGGCCGAGGCAAAGUGAAAACGUGCGAAAUUUCUACCGUUAACCGAAGCGACAACAGCGACACAACGUGGACGCAGGCGACGACGAUGCUGCCACAGCGGGCAACCUGGCAGUAGCCGUAGCACACACUCAUCCCCUCCCCACCACUACUCGGACUCGUGCUCGUAAAAAAAAAUUACUACACACUCACACACUCGAAAACAAAUAUUGAAAGUUCUAAAGAAAAGCAUUUCGCCUAGCGAAAUGGGCCACAGUUGAAGGAAGUUAAAGUUUGCUCUUAUGACUGUCGUGGGAGUUCUGCCCUAUAGCUGGAUCUAUAACGCAGAGCCGUGACCAAAGCAAAACAAGCAGAAGCAGUCAUUGGAAUCAUCCAGAAGCAAAGCUGAGAAGGAAGAGCGACGAAAGCGCAAUCAGGAUAGCGGUGGGCAACUAAUACAAAAGUUAUUGCGUCCUUGGCAUUUGUGACAACAGGAAGAACCUCAAACAGGGAGACCGCACGAAGGUCGAGGAAUCAGUGCAGCAGUCGUGAAAGUAGAGUGGGGAAAGGCAGCAGAAUCCUUUAUUGAGAGCAAGCAGUGCCGCCACCGUGGCCCAACGACACCACAGCAACACCAACGGCAGCAGCAGCAGCGGCGCCAGCCUUGGCGUUGGCAGUGGCGCUGGCGUUGGCGUUGGCUUUGGCAGCGUACCCGUCAUCAUGGAGGGGCCCGAGGUGACAUUUCUAUUCCAAUUUGGCAGCAUACGCGAUGCAGUUAGCGUGCCCGUAACCGCACUCACGCUCAAAUCACUCAAGGAUAUGGCCUGUGAUUUCAUCAACACAAAGAUACCGGACAGCGGCCUCACGUAUCUGUCGGAGCGGAUUCUGUUGUUUGUGCACGACUACAGCACACCCAAUGUCCUGCACAUUAUCAAUUCGGCAGCGGAAGUGGUGGACGAGACCCUGGUCGAAAUUGUAUUGACAGCAAGUCCAAUCCUGUAUCCGACGUCGGAGAUGCCAACGCUAAAGCCGCACAGCCUCAAUGUGCAUUCGUACAAGGGACCGACAUUCUGUGAUUUCUGCGGUGAAAUGCUGUUCGGCCUGGUGCGUCAGGGACUCAAAUGCGACGGCUGCGGUCAGAACUAUCACAAGCGUUGUGUGGUGAAGAUACCAAACAAUUGCAACCGCUCGAAUGACGCCACAUCGAGACGUUCCUUCACCCUGCAGCCGCCACGCAGCCCAUCCGGCAGCUCACAGCAGUCGCUGAUCUCCUCCGCCGAGGAGUCAACCGGCCGGAAUGACUCCAGCAGUUCACUGAACAUACCCGGACGGCAUCAGCGCACCCACUCGUCGGGCAGCCGGAAUGGGCUGACGGUGCUGCGCAUUCCGCACACCUUCCAGGUGCACACCUAUGGCAUACCGACGGUGUGCCAGCUGUGCAAGAAGCUGCUGAAGGGGCUGUUCAAGCAGGGGCUGCAGUGCCGCGACUGUCAGUACAAUACGCACAAGAAGUGCAUGGACAAGGUGCCGCUGGACUGCACGGGGGAGGCGCAGCUCAGCCAGCUGCAGCUGCAGGCGGAGAGCGGGGAGGGGACGCCGCGCAAGGAGCGGGACAACUUCUUCCGCGAGGAGUUCGACGACAGCGACUUCGAGGACUCGCCCAGCCCCCAGCCGGACUAUGGGAAGUACGGCAAGGGGGCGAUGGGUGGCGGCGGCGUCAAUCUGGUGGCAGGCAGACCCAGGGAGCCGCCCAAGGCGCUGACCAAUGCCCACAACUCACCGCCGGAGCUGGUCAACGGUGGGAUGGCCGACGACGGCAGUGGCAGCUGCAGUGGCAGCGGCAGCGGCAGCGGCAGCGUGGGCGCUGAGACCAAGUCCAGCGAUGGGCAGUCGGAGCAGUCGCAGUCGUCAUCCUCCUCCUCGCCGAGUGCCAACAUCCCGCUGAUGCGCAUCGUGCAGUCGGUGAAGCAUACGAAGAAGCGCGGGGGCCAGGCCCUCAAGGAGGGGUGGCUGGUCCACUUUACCUCCCUGGACAAGGCCGUGAAGCGCUACUACUGGCGCCUCGACUCGAAGACCGUCACGCUGUUCGUCUCGGAGCAGGGCAGCAAGUACCACAAGGAGCUGCCGCUGGCGGAGCUCCUCUCCAUUGAGACGCAUCGCGAUCCGCGGCCCGACUCCAACUACUGCUUCGAGCUGUGCAUGCCCAGCCUCAGCUACUAUGUCGGCCAGGACCCGCUCGUGGGCGCCAAGGAGGAGCAGGCGGUGCGCCUGCCACCCCCCGACAGCGGCAUUGGCAGCGACAUUGCCAAGAGCUGGGAGACGAGCAUCCGGCAGGCCUUUAUGCAUGUCAACAAUACACAAUGCUGUGAAUCGGAGGAGCAGGUGCAGGACAUGGGCCAGCUGUAUCAGAUCUUUCCCGAUGAGGUGCUGGGCUCCGGGCAGUUCGGCGUCGUCUAUGGCGGCGUGCACAAGAAGACGAAGCGCGAGGUGGCCAUCAAGGUGAUCGACAAGCUGAGGUUCCCCACCAAGCAGGAGGCGCAGCUGAAGAACGAGGUGGCCAUUCUGCAGAACAUUUGCCACUGCGGCGUCGUCAAUCUGGAGCGCAUGUUCGAGACGCCCGAGCGCAUCUUUGUCGUCAUGGAGAAGCUCAAGGGGGACAUGCUCGAGAUGAUUCUGUCGCAUACGCGCGGCCGCCUCAGCGAGCGUGUGACAAAGUUUCUCAUCACCCAAAUCCUGAUUGCCCUCAAGUACCUGCACUCGCAGAACAUUGUCCACUGUGACCUCAAGCCGGAGAAUGUGCUGCUCUCCUCGGACGCUGAGUUCCCGCAGGUGAAGCUCUGCGACUUUGGGUAUGCGCGCAUCAUUGGCGAGAAGUCCUUCCGCCGCUCGGUGGUGGGCACGCCCGCCUAUCUGGCGCCCGAAGUGCUGCGGAACAAGGGCUACAAUCGAUCGCUGGACAUGUGGAGUGUGGGCGUGAUCAUAUAUGUGAGUUUGAGCGGCACAUUUCCCUUCAACGAGGAGGAGGACAUCAAUGAUCAAAUACAGAAUGCCGCCUUUAUGUAUCCACCGAAUCCCUGGAAAGAGAUCUCUUCCAAUGCCAUUGAUCUGAUCAACAACCUGCUGCAGGUGAAGCAGCGCAAGCGCUACACCGUGGACAAGAGCCUGCUGCACUACUGGCUGCAGGACAAGCAAACCUACCGAGACCUGCGCACCCUGGAGACGCAGGUGGGCGGCGGACGCUAUCUCACCCACGAGGCAGAUGACAUACGCUGGGACUGUGCGGGUGACAUGUGACCUGGUUGCGCGCGUAACCCCAACCCCCUACCGACCACCGAGAGUUAUCCAGCGGCAGGCAACUGCGCCGACUGCCAUCGUCUGUCCGAGAACUCGCCCAAAGUGGAGGCCAUCAGCGGCAAGGCGCUGAAGUGGGUGCGUUUCCAUCUCUGUCGCCACAUCAAAUAGGGAGCACCUCAGCAGCAGCAGCAGCAGUCCACCAAGUUUCAGCGUGCACUUGGAGAAAAUUGUGCCCACAAUGAUGUGCGUUUUUCUCUUUGAGUGCACAUUUAUUUGUGCCGCACUCUCGAUGUUUUCUCUCUCUCUCUCUCUCGCCUAGACUUGUAAGUUUUCCCUCUCGCUGCUGCUUCUAUACGAAGAAACUCUCUGUGCUAAAUUUUCCUCUAGAAUCAAAAUUAGUCGAUAGCUUUAACUUUGUUAACCACCCUAAUGGCAACUCUUAUGAAUAACACAAGUACAUCAAAUAUACAUACAAAAUACAUGCGCGUAUUCAUCAAUAA